CGCAAUAACAGUAUAUUUAUAUGAAACUAUUUGAUCUCUGGAUAUUCACAUCUACCUAAUACCCUACCUACUAUGUAGCUACCCAGCAUCUAUUAUCAAGAUAUAUGUAUAUCUAUAUCUAUAUAUACCCGAUAUUUACCUACCUAAGUAUCAAGGUCCGUACAGCUUUUUCUUCUUAUAAAGAGAGGAAGAAGAAAAUAGCGACCUUCAGCCUCAUGUCUUCCAAUAUGGCAUGUUCAUCAAUAUACUUGUACCUGGAACCGAUGCAUGGUAUCUGUAUUCUCACACGAUCAGACGAACAUAUCACACAGCCACUACUACCAUUACUACUACCACCACCACUGCAACCAUCACCACCACACUCACUCUCACAGACAUCUGCGGAAAGUCUAUCAUUCAACACGUGAAGAAAUUCUCAAGCUCCCGGCCUUUUGCACGACCAAAACUAAUCAUGUUUAGCUGGAGUUGGGGUAAACGAUAAACAAAUAGUAAACUAUAAAGUAACCGUAACCGUUACAUUCUGCUGACUGCCAACAUAUAUCUAUCUUACUUGUACUUACGGCGCGCGCAUGCUAUCUAUCCAUCUAUCUAUCUACAUUUCCAUCGGUAUUGGUAAAUGGAUCCAAAUAAUCAGAAAUAGCAAGCUUCAUUACAAAUUCCCCUUCUUCAUCGCCGGAAAUCCAUGCAAGGGUUACGCAUCAAUUUAUCACAUUCUUGUUCACCCCGCCUAUCAACUAAAAGAGUGAAAUAAAACAAGACCCAAAAUGUUUCAGCGACUUCUUCCAACUAGAGGUCCUUCCAUUAUGGUUUCCGAAAACUUUCCUUCUCCAAACACGAUCCCUCCACGAACUUCCUCCAACGGUCAAAAUAAUAUCAAUCAUCCCGCUUCGAAAUCGGUCCUGCGUCCAGUCCCUGAAGGCGAUUGGAUCAGUCAGAGAAAUAGUAUGCAUACCGCACAAUCUUCUCAAUCCUCAGGAGUCAUGAACCCUUCAAUUCAGGGAGGUUCAGCUCCAGAUCCAAAUAAAUAUACAAAAAACGACAUGGCAUUUCAUGGAAGGAGCUCUUGGGCUCCAGAGAAGGAAAAGAUAUUGUUCGGUCCAUACGAUUAUUUGGAGGCGCAUCCAGGAAAGGACAUUAGGAAACAAUUGAUCGCCGCAUUCAAUGAAUGGCUGGAGGUACCACCGGAGAGUUUGGAGGUCAUUACCAAAGUCGUGGGAAUGUUGCACACGGCAUCCUUACUCGUCGACGAUGUUGAAGAUUCAUCAUUGCUGCGACGCGGAUUACCUGUCGCACACAGUAUUUUUGGCACGGCGCAAACGAUCAAUUCUGCAAAUUAUGUAUACUUUUGCGCGUUGCAAGAACUCCAGAAACUCAACAAUCCCCAAGCCAUUACGAUUUAUACAGAAGAGUUAUUGAAUCUUCAUCGGGGUCAGGGUAUGGAUUUAUUCUGGAGAGAUAGUCUAACUUGUCCCACCGAAGACGAUUAUUUGGAAAUGGUUGGCAAUAAAACCGGUGGGCUCUUCAGACUCGCUGUCAAGCUCAUGCAAGCUGAGAGCAAAACCUCAAGGGAUUGUGUUCCAUUAGUCAACCUCAUCGGCAUCAUUUUCCAAAUUCGCGACGACUAUCAAAAUCUUUCGUCGCCCGAAUACUCGCAAAAUAAGGGGCUCUGCGAAGAUUUAACAGAAGGCAAAUUCUCAUUCCCCAUCAUUCAUUCCAUUCGCGCCGCCCCCGAUAAUCUCGUGCUGCUCAAUAUCCUGAAACAGAAACCCGAUGAUGAACAGGUUAAGAAAUAUGCAGUGGCUUAUAUGGAACAAACGGGAAGUUUCGAAUAUUGUCGAAAGGUUCUGGUUACCUUGAGUGAGAGAGUUAAAAAGUUGAUCGAGGAGCUGGAUGAUGGGGGGAAUAAGGGCAAGGCAGUGAUGAAAAUCUUGGAUAAAAUGGCUAUCUAAUUUUUGGGACGUGGAAGGGAAAAGGGAUGUCGGUGAAUGAGGAGAACUAAAUAAAAAAUUCCGUGGAGGUAUUUUGAUAUAUGAACGCAUUGGUAACAUGCUGGCGUAUUUGGGCAUUGCAAUAUCAUUUUGGGGUAUGGUUUUCAGCUCAGCUUUUACUUAUUUAGGUUGACUUGUGAUAUCAAUCAGGUUUAGGUUUCGGAUACCUUCUUCUUCAUUACCAUUUUUUUGUCGGUCUUUUUAUAUUUGUGUAUGUGCAGAGUGUUGAGUGCAGAUUGUUGAUGUCGAAGUGAUGCGGUAUAUAAUUGCAUCUAGAUAUCUGUGUGAAUUUCUGGACCUCUGAGUGGAUGGAUACCCCUGUUUUACUUGUUGUUAUUUCAUUUAUUGGGGAGUAAUAUAUUGGGGGUUUCUUGGUAGUGGGUGUGGUGUGGUGAUGAGUUGUGAGUUGUGAGUGUGAGUUGUGAGUGUGAGUGUGGAUUUGAGUUUGGAUUUGAAUUGAAAUUUGAGUUUGGAUUUGGAUUUGUAAUCGAUUGAAAUCCAUAUAUUGGAUUGUGGAUGGAUGUUAGGUCAGGUCAGGUUAGGUAAAUGGUAAAUGGUAAAUGGUAAAUAGUAAAUGGUAUGGUAUGGUAUGGUAUGGUAUGGUAUGGUAUGGUAUGGUAUGGUAUGGUAUGGUAUGGUAUGGUAUGGUAUGGUAUGGUAUGGUAUGGUAUGGUAUGAGAUGAUAUGAUAUG